UAUUAAAAAUGAUAAUUUUAGGUUAUUACUUUACUGGUAAGCCAAGUUUUCAAAAUAUUUAUCUUCACGGCUUAAUUCGCGAUAGUCAAGGGAGAAAAAUGUCUAAAUCCCUGGGUAAUGGUGUGGAACCCGAAAAAAUUAUGGAAAAAUAUGGAACCGAUAGUUUACGCUUAUUCCUUUUGGAAAAUAACAUUCUGGGGGCGGAUUUAACUUAUGAAGAAAGCAAAAUUAAAGAUAGUUUAAUUUUAACCCACCCCAAAGUUUUAGCCGCCUCGGGGCAUUUAAAAAAUUUUCAUGAUUGGUUAAUUGAAUGUUUAAAUUGCCAAAAAAGGUACCGUUUAGAUAAUUUAAUUUCUCCGGCGGAAUUUGCUGCCUUUUUAGCCCAAACUAAUAAACAAAAUUUCCCUUUUUCGCCAACUUGUUCUCACUGUGGCAAAAAUAAAUUUACUAGUCCGCGGGAGUUUAACUUGCUUUUAAGCAGUGAUUUACAGGCUACUAGCCAGGAAAAAAAAAAUAUGGUUUACUUGCGACCGGAAACUUGCCAAGGAAUAUUUAUUAAUUUUGCCGCUCUCCAAAGAAGCACCCGCAAAAAAUUACCUUGGGGGGAAAAAAUUAAACAAGUCUCCUUAACUCCCGACGAAUUACCUCAUUAUGCUAAAAAAACCACCGACCUCUAUUUUCAAUAUCAUUUUGGUUGGGGAGAAUUAUGUAGUAUUAGCGACCGAAGCGAUUACGAUUUAAAAAAUCAUAGCCAAAAAUCCGGGGUAAGGCUAGAAACAGAAGGAAUAAUUCCCCCGGUUAUUGAAGUAUCUUUUGGGGUAGAAAGACUGCUACUGGCCGUGCUAGAAGAUGCUUACCAAGCCGAAAUGGUAGAAAAUUCGCCAGCCAGCAAAAGAGAAGUAUUAAAAAUACACCCUUUAUUAGCCCCUUAUUUGGUGGCGGUUAUUCCUUUAAGCAAGCAACUACAAGCCCAAGCCCAACAAAUUUACCAAGAAUUAUUAACGGAAACUAAUUUUACUACGACUUAUGAAGAAUCGAGCAGCAUUGGAAAAAGUUAUCGCCGGCAAGAUGCCAUUGGCACUUAUUAUUGUCUGACCGUAGACUUUCAAACUUUACAAGACGAUACACCUUCUCCGCAACAACUUCAACAAAACAGAGAACAAAAAGAAGCCUUAAGCAAGCAAAUUAAAGAAAUAGAAAAAAACAUCAAGGAUAAUCGAGUUAGACUAGAAAAAUUGAAAAGAGGCGAAGAACGCCCGCCUUGGAAAACUAUUGAUGAAUUUGGAAACUUUUUGGUGGAUUCUUCCGAUAAAGAAUUAGUAGAAUUAGCCAAUAAAAAACAACAACUUAUUGAAGAAUGA